AUGGCAUUCGACUCACGAUUAACCUUACGCUCUGCCCUUGUCGCCCUUUUGCUUUCCAACUUGGUGGUGGCGGAACCCAUUCGUUUAUAUAAUAGACAAGCUUCUGAGGCCCCAGGCGCGGAUGCACUGACUGCGUUAGAGGCGAUACCAACGGGUGUUGCAAGCGGCAACGCCGAUGUACCUUCACCCUCGGGCGGUAGUUUGUUGGCCUCGCCUUCUCCGAGUUCAGCUGCUAGCCACAAAGGCGCUGGCAAACCGGCCUCUCUCAAGGGCACUGCGGCUUCACCAAAUAAUGGAACACAACCGGGGGAUGACGGUGACUCUGACACACCACCUUCAACACCACCGGGAAGUAGCAGCACUGGCGGUGCCGACGCUUCGAGCUCUUCACCAUCUCAGGCCUCUGGCGAUAGUGAUAGCUCUCCUAGCUUACCAGCUUCAACGCCGUCUAACUCAGGAACACCAGGACCGGGCUUACCCAACACAGGAGGAUCUGGCGGUGCCAGUGGCCCAUUUACCUCAUCCGGACUACAGCUAUGUGGCUCUCAAUACUACACUCCUUCUAAACGAUUCCCUGCUAUGUCCGAUUGA